AGAUGAGAGGCGGUGCUCUCCCCGGCCCUCCCCCUGCAUCGGAGCGUCCGUCACUCCUCGCAGUGGAUGAUGGAGAUGUGAGGCGAGCAGCAGCAUGCUCUCGGUUUACUGACAGCGAGAGAAAACCCAACAAUGAAGCAAUACCUGGAGCUCAACAGAGAUGCGCCAUGCGAGGAGGAGCGGAGUGGAGAUAGUGAGGUUGUCCAGAGAUGAGCCACCAACCUCCGGACCGGGACAUGAGGAGGGCAGCCUGGAUCCUGACCGUGAUGAGCAGCCUCAUCACCGCGAGGACUGCCAGAGGAUCACCGCUGCUCACAGACCCGGGGGUUUUUCUGGAGAAGUACGGCUACCUCCAUGAGGACAACCACAUCCACAAUGCAGUAGAGAUGCAGUCAGCUAUCAGCGAGUUCCAGUGGUUGUCCCGGCUUCCUGUCACGGGCGAGCUUGACAGCGCCACCCUGAGGCAGAUGGCAGAGCCCCGCUGUGGGGUGUCGGAUGAGGGCAGCCAGCAGAUCUGGGCUCAGAGAGUAAACGCCAUCUUCACUGGGAAGAGUGCCGCUCUCAGACAACCACAGCGCCGCAGGAGGCGCUCUUAUGUGCAAGCUGAGAAGUGGUACAAACGUCAUCUGACCUACCAGAUAGUGAACUGUCCUCGCCACCUGACUUUGGGCUCUGUGCGGCUGGCGGUGCGCGCUGCCUUCCAGCUGUGGAGCAACGUGUCUGGCCUGGUGUUCCAGGAGGCCCCUGAAGGUCCCGCAGACAUCCGUCUGGCAUUUUACGAGGGAGACCACAACGACGGGGCCAGCAAUGCCUUCGACGGACCAGGAGGAACUCUGGCUCACGCCUUCCUGCCUCGCCGGGGGGAGGCCCACUUCGACAUGGCGGAGAGGUGGACGCUAAACGGACACAAGGGACACAACCUGUUCAUGGUGACCGCCCACGAGAUCGGACACACGCUGGGACUGGAGCACUCCCCCGUCCGUCACGCCUUAAUGUCGCCGUACUACAGGAAACUGGGCCGCAGCCUGGUGCUGAGCUGGGACGACAUCAUCGCAGUGCAGCAGCUGUACGGAAAGCCAUCAGGUAAUCGCCUUGUGAGGCUACCAGGCCAGGUAUUGCACGCCACUCUGCAGGAGUGGGAGUUCACAGAGCUUCACAACGGGCAUCAGACCACGGGACAGCCUCUCUACUGCCAGGGUGUCUUUGAUGCCAUCACUAUGGACCAGAACGAGACGGUGCUGGUGUUUCGGGGCGGUUUGUACUGGACAGUAUCGGCUGAAGGCAGUGUGAGCGGCCCGCUGCCUCUCCGUCAACGCUGGUCUGACCUCCCUCCAGUCAUCGAGGCUGCUGCCUUCUCCCCGCUGGACUCCAAGUGGUAUUUUUUCAAAGGGAAGCGGAUGUGGCGCUACGCAGGCAGUGUGCUGGACCCCGGCUUCCCCAGGAAGAGCAGUGAGUUGGGGCUGCCUCGCCACCCUGACUGUGCCUUCUACUACGCUCCCCUGGGUCACAUGGUCCUCUUCAAGGGCUCCCGUUACUCUGUGCUUAACCUCAAAACCCUUCACCAGGAGCCCUACUAUCCCCGCAGGCUGAAAGACUGGACUGGUGUGCCACAGGGGACCAACGGGGCGCUGACCCGUCCCGACGGAUGCCUCUACCUGUUCAGAGAACAGCGGUUCUGGAGUUUUGACCCAAUCAAGGUGAGAAUCACCAGAGAGGGCCAGUGGGCCAAGGAUCUGAGCUGGACUGGUUGCAGCAACGCUCCUCAGAGUAACAACAUUCUUUGACCAGCAGAGGGAGCUGGAAGCUUUAGGUAAAGUGCAAUGUGUUAAUGUAUACUAUAAUGUAAUAACUAUUUCAAAAGGAGCCUAGCUCAGCAAACUCAUGCCAUGAAGGGAUUCAACAAAAAUAAAACCACUUGGUUUAUACAUUUUUAAGCACAUAUAGUAUUUAUACUGCAGAGCAAUGGAUAUUACUUUAUAUGGAUGUACAAUUAUAAACUCAUUAAUAUAGGUAAGAUAAUGAAAGGACUGUGCACUCUUAAGUAGGUUUACUAUGCUUUUAUAACCCUCUUUUCUCUUGUAGUAAAUGCACACUAACAGAGAAACCAAAUGUAUGUGUACACUAUAAGUGACUAGCCUGUGAUUGUGUGUUCCCCGCUAAUUGCUCGCCAUAGUAGAAGUUGUUACCCAAGAUCAUUGAUUACAUUUCAUUUUGACAAUGGCAUUAUGUUGGUAUUGAAACUUUGUCAUGUAGAAACAUGUCAGGACACCGUUCAUAAUCUGACCACAACAGAAAGCUCUUUUUGUUCAUUUAUCUUUUAAUACUAAGCCUCAAGACAUUUCUCUGCUUCACUGAACAUUUUACACACUAAGGAGACUCACAGUUGAUGCUUCCUCACUGAGCCUUUUUUCCAAUAACACUCAUUUACAGUAAACAGUUAAAACAUUCACAACUGCGAGCCGCUGUGUACUGUCCUGCUGACCAGUGAGCAGAGGCCUGUACUACGAAGCAGGAUUUGGGGCUGGCGAGGUAACUUCAGGUUUAACUCUGGGUGAAUGUGUUCAUAGCCAGAUUGAGAAACCCUGGGUUGUCUUACCGAGUUGAUAACCACCGUCGUAGGACCAUUUAGCGGGAUCGCGUUUGUUAGGGUUACUUAAGCCAGAUAAUGUUGAACUCACUUGGUAGUACAGGCCUCUGCUCAUUCAGUAUAACCUUAAAUUGUAUACAUUUGAUCAAGCAUUUUCCAUAAUGCACCAGUGAAUACCAGAUUCACAUUUAUCUGUGAGUGGUUUAAGUUUAGAAGGUCCUUGGCCACAAUUGAAAGUUUUAGUCAACAUAAGAAGAUGUAAAGUAAUCUGUGUUGGAGAAGAGACUAAUAUGACCUGAGUCAUUAAAUGCAUAGUAUUUUGCACUCCUCACAAUACACUAUUAUCUUUUAUCAGAUUGGUCUCUAAACAACUAUUACCACUACAAUGAUCAAAAUGCAAAAAUAUUGAGGGUUUGACUACCAUCUGUUGUCCAAUACAUGGUUACGUUUUCACUUAAAUUAAUCUGUCUGCUGAUCCCUCAGCUUACAGCCUUACAGUAAUUAACAUUUCUGAGGUCUCAGGACACAUUUGGGCUGUUUGUGACACUUCACACACUAAUGGUUAGAUUCCAAAUAUUCUGCUUAAGUAAUUGUUAGAAAAUCCUGUUAACUCUAGGCUAUCUGAGGAGAAACGGAAACCUUAGUCCUCUCUAUUCAGUAAUUUGGCCAGGUUUAGUCCAUAAUUUAUACAUUUUAAGACAAAUUCUAGAGUAAAGAUAAUUUGAAGUGCAUUUAAACAAACGUAAUCAAAAGCCACUAGGUCAUAUUUUUAACGGACGGAGAGUGCUGCACUGUGGAGAGCAAUCAGACUAAAUCAGACUUCUAAUCACGAUCAACAGCGACAUCAAAAUGUGCCUGAGAUCAUCUGUUUAAAA